AUGACUCAGGAAGGGGUUUUAACAUCUGAAACAAGCGACUCCCAAUUUUACAUUUCUCAAGAGGACACUGGUCCGGAUGAGUUUCGGGAGGAUGAGUCUGCAAGAUUCAAUCGGUCAUCGAUUUCGAUUGAAACCGAUUCUCCGGAACUCUCGGAGCCCUCGGAACCUUCAAAAACUCCAUUCCUAGAUGCCACUGUGAAUUUUGUGCUAGAUUACUGGAAAUUUGUAUUAAUUGGAUUACUAAUUGGUCUCCUGCUCCUUGGUCUUUUAGUUUUUCUUAUAGUCUUUUUCACAAGUAGAAAGUCUACUGAAGUAACAUCAAAUUCCACUACCACAGUACCCACUGUUACUACUGUGCCUACGAGUAGCACGAGUACUGUAACUACAGUAAGACCAGUGUCAACUACUGUAGGAACCACUAACACACCGAAGCCGCAUGUGUACCCUCCUGCAGAUCACCAAAAUCUCUGUUUGACGGAAGGUUUUUCGUUGGUCAACAAUAAAUGCAUUCUACUCGUGGAUACCCCGGACAUCCACACAAAUGCAUCAUUAACAUGUGAUAGCUACACGACUGCCAGCUUACCAGUCAUCAAAAAUGCACAGGAAAAUAAUGAUCUGGCAGAUUAUAUGGCGGCGAAUAACUUGAAGAAAAUGUGGUUAGGAUUACAGUGUGAUGGAAAUGACGAGUCGAGUUGUCAGUGGGAUUACAAGCAAGGAGAUUUGACAGGGUACAGUAAUUUUGCUGAUGGACAUCUCAAUGUAAUCUUCGGCAAGUGUGUUUUCUACCUGCUCGACCUGAAACAAUGGGGAAGUGGAGAUUGUGAAGUGGAUAGCUUACGAUACGUAUGCGAGAUGCCAACCACUUCAGAAUGCACCAUUGGCACAAGCUACAACCACUACUGCUACAUAUCUGACCAAUUAGAUACGACCUACUCCCAGGCUAUCCAACAAUGCAAAGAUCUCUGCGCCUCACUUGUCUCUAUUCACUCUGAAUUUGAAAACCGAGUUGUCGCAUCAUUUUUCGGUGUCACCCGACACACCGGCUGGCUAGGAGGUCUUGCACCGGCUGCUGACAUGGUGAUGUGGAAUGACGGUUCUCCGAGGGACUAUAACAAUAUUGUUCUCUAUGAUAAAAACACGAUAUGUAUUUAUAUAAGAUUUAUAAUAGGGGAUUGGUAUAGUGAAGCGUGUAAUGCUAGUGCAUGGUAUGUGUGUAAGAGGAAGGCAGGUGUUAAUUGUUAA